UCCGGGAGGGAGGGAGGCAGCCUGGCUGCGCUGGUGUCUGGCUUUGCGGCGCGGGGCUCUUGGCCCCGCCAUGGAUCUCUAGGGCGGGGGCGGCGGAAGAGCGGGCUCCGGGUCCGGGAUCGCGAGCGGAGCAGCGGGAUGGGCUCGGGGGCCGGGUCCCGGGCGCUGCUGGGCGGCAGCCUCCUGGGCAUCGCGCUGCUGGCGCAGCUGGGAGCCGGAGCAGCCGUGCAGUGUCUGGAAGGCUCCAUGCCCUGUGAGAAUGGCGGCCAGUGCAUCCUCUACUCCAACGGGAAGGCAGCCUGCGUGUGCCAGCCUGGGCUGAUUGGCGAGCGUUGCCAGUUCCAGGACCCCUGCCACCAGUCGCCCUGUGCCAAUGGGGGCGUGUGUGAAAGCUCCCUCAAGGAUGGCACCGUGCAGUACCAGUGCACCUGUCCCAAAGGCUUCCGAGGUCAGGACUGCUCCCUGGGUGAUGCCUGCGCCAACAACCCCUGCGCCAACGGGGCCCGUUGCACCAACUGGAACAGCCGCUACAACUGCACCUGCCCGCCAGGCUACCAGGGCCGCAACUGCCGCACGGACGUGGACGAGUGCCGGGCACCGGGCGUCUGCCGCCAUGGGGGCACCUGCUUCAAUACGCCGGGCUCCUUCCGCUGCCAAUGCCCGGCCGGCUUCACGGGGCAGCUGUGCGAGAGCAUCUACACACCCUGUGCGCCCUCGCAGUGCCUCAAUGGGGGCACGUGUCGCCAGACCGGGGAGCUGAGCUACGAGUGUGCCUGCCUGCCGGCCCUGGGGGCAGGGAUUGUUGGGGGUGUGUCUCUCCCCCUGCCCUGGCACGUGUGCCCACGGGGCUGGCGGCUCCAGGCCGCGCUGCAGGAAGCUCAUCGGAAGCUCUCCUGCUUCAACGGCGGCACCUGCCUGGACGGGGUGAACUCCUACACGUGCCGCUGCCGCGCCGGCUUCACGGGCACCCACUGCCAGCAUGAGAUCGAUGAGUGCCAGUCCCAGCCCUGCCUCAAUGGGGGCAUCUGCCUGGACGGCGUGGAGUCCUACCGCUGCACCUGCCCCCAGGGCUACACGGGUGCCCAGUGCCAGACCCUGGUGGACUGGUGCAGGCGCUCACCCUGCCAGAAUGGGGGCCGCUGCGUGCAGACGGGCACGGCCCUGACCUGUGAGUGCCCGGGGGGCUGGACCGGCCGCUACUGUGACAUUCCCAACGUUUCCUGCGAGGUGGUGGCAGCUCAUCGAGGGGUCUCCAAGGAACAGGUGUGUCACUACCGGGGCCAGUGCGUCGACGCUGGCAACACCCACUACUGCCUGUGCAAGGAAGGCUACACAGGCAGCUACUGUGAGAGCGAGGUUAACCCCUGCCAGCCCAACCCCUGCCAGCACGGUGCCUCCUGCCACAGCUUCAUAGGCAGCUACGACUGUGAGUGCCCACCGGGGUUCGAGGGCAAGAACUGCGAGUACGACAUCGACGAGUGCCAGUCCCACCCCUGCCAGAAUGGAGGCUCCUGCAUCGACCUCAUCGGGCGCUACAUCUGCUCCUGCCCGCCGGGAACCCUGGGCGUCCUGUGCGAGAUCAACGAGGACGACUGCGCCGCGAGCUCUGGCAGCCGGGCACCCAAGUGCCUGAACAAUGGGACGUGCGUGGACCGGGUGGGUGGCUACCGCUGCAACUGCCCCCCAGGCUACACGGGCGAGCGCUGCGAGGGCGACAUCAACGAGUGCCUGGCCAAGCCCUGCCUGCCCCAACGCACGCUGGACUGCGUGCAGGGUGCCAACGACUUCCACUGCCUGUGCAAGCCGGGCUACACGGGCCGGCGCUGCCAGAACAUAGUGAACACGUGCGAGUCCCAGCCCUGCCAGAACGGUGGUCAGUGCAAGAUGACGGUGAACACGCCGCUGGGCUACACCUGCCGCUGCCCCCCGAACUAUUCCGGGCCCAACUGUGAGCGAAGCGUGCUGUCAUGUCGGGAGCUCGCCUGCUUCAACGGGGGCAGCUGCCAGCACACAGCACUGGGUGCCCGCUGCUCCUGCCUGCCGGGCUUCACUGGCUCCGACUGCCGCCUGCGGGCCAACAGCAGCUGCACCGGUGCGUCCUGCCUCAGCGGGGGCACCUGCAUAGAGAUGUCCUGGCCUCCCCACUUCCAGUGCCUCUGCCCCAGUGGCUUCUCCGGCCUGCACUGCGAGCAGAAGCUCACCCUGGAGCUGCAGUGCCAGCAGGAGGAGUGCGCUGCCAAGGCCGGAGAUUCCUACUGCGACAAGGAGUGCAACAGCCCUGCCUGCAAGUGGGACGGGGGCGACUGCUCCCUGCUGGUGGGUGACCCCUGGCAGCAGUGUGAGGAGCGCCAGUGCUGGCAGUUGUUCAACAACAGCCAGUGCGACGAGGACUGCAACACGGCCGCGUGCCUCUACGACAACUUCGACUGCAAGAGCCGCGACCGCAGCUGCAACCCCGUGUAUGAGAAGUACUGCUCGGACCACUUCGCCGACGGGCAGUGCGACCAGGGCUGCAACAAUGAGGAGUGUGGCUGGGACGGGCUGGACUGCGCCCGCGAGAUGCCGGAGCACCUGGCCAGCGGCGUGCUGGUCAUCACCGUGCUGCUGCCCCCCGACGAGCUGCGCAGGACCAGCACCACCUUCCUGCAGAAGCUGAGCGCCAUCCUGCGCACCUCGUUGCGCUUCCGCCUCGACAGGGACGGCAACUAUAUGAUUGAGCCCUUCUACCGGCCCAGCCGCCUGCGCCGCCGUGAGCUGGGCCGGGAGGUCAUUGGCUCCGUGGUCACUCUGGAGAUUGACAACCGCCUCUGCGUCCAGGCCUCAGACAAGUGCUUCCCUGACGCGCGCAGCGCGGCCGACUACCUGGCUGCACUGGCCGCUGUCGAGCGCCUGGAGUUCCCCUACCCCAUCAAGGCUGUGCACAGUGACAAGCUGCAGCCGAAGCCCCCGGACUCCGUGCCCCUGGUGCCCCUGGUAGUGGUGGCAGCGGCCGUGAUCCUCCUGGUGAUCCUGGUGCUGGGGGUGCUGGUGGCGCGGCGGAAGCGGGAGCACAGCACGCUCUGGUUCCCGGAGGGCUUCAGCCUGAAGAAGGAGAACAGCAACAAGAACCGGCGGGAGCCUGUGGGCCAGGACGCCUUGGGCAUGAAGAACAUCAGCAAAGGGGAAAGCCUGAUGGGGGAACACUCAGAUGACUGGAUGGAUGCAGAGUGCCCGGAGGCCAAGAGACUCAAGGUGGAGGAGCCGGGCGGGGACUCAGAGGACCCUGUGGACUGCCGCCAGUGGACACAGCAUCACCUGGUGGCGGCCGACAUCCGCAUGCCGCCAUCCAUGGCCCUGACACCACCCCAGGGCGAGUUCGACACCGACUGCAUGGACGUCAAUGUCAGGGGGCCAGAUGGCUUCACUCCGCUCAUGCUGGCCUCGUUCUGCGGGGGCGGUGUGGAGACCGAUCUGGCCGAGGAGGAUGAGGCUGAUGACUCCUCAGCCAACAUCAUCUCGGACCUCAUCUGCCAGGGCGCCAACUUGAGCGCCCAGACGGACCGCACAGGUGAGACUGCGCUGCACUUGGCUGCCCGCUACGCCCGGGCCGACGCCGCCAAGCGCCUGCUGGACGCCGGUGCUGACACCAACGCCCAGGACAACACGGGCCGCACGCCACUGCACGCCGCGGUGACCGCCGACGCCCAGGGCGUCUUCCAGAUCCUGAUCCGGAACCGCUCCACGGACCUGGAUGCCCGCAUGGUGGAUGGCUCCACGGCACUGAUCCUGGCUGCCCGGCUGGCCGUGGAGGGGAUGGUGGAGGAGCUCAUAGCCUGCCAUGCAGAUGUCAACGCCGUAGAUGAGCUGGGUAAAUCUGCACUGCACUGGGCCGCGGCCGUGAACAACGUGGAGGCCACAAUCGCGCUGCUGAAGAACGGGGCCAACAAGGACAUGCAGGACAGCAAGGAGGAGACCCCACUGUUCCUGGCCGCUCGGGAGGGCAGCUACGAGGCAGCCAAGAUCCUGCUGGAUCACUUUGCCAACCGGGAGAUCACAGACCACAUGGACCGGCUGCCGCGGGACAUAGCCCAGGAGCGGAUGCACCACGACAUUGUGCGCCUGCUGGACGAGUACAACACGGUGCGCAGCCCGCAGGGGGCGCUGCCCCCCGGCCACACCAUGUCCCCACUUAUGUGCCCACCCAACAGCUUCCUGCCCAGCCUCAAGCCCACCCCGCAGGGCAAGAAGAGCCGGCGGCCCAGCGCCAAGAACACGGCAGGGGCAGGUGGCAGCGCCAGCCUGGCCAAGGAGGCCAAGGGGCGGAGCAAGAAGCUGAGCUUGGAGUGCCAGGGCUCCCUGCUGGAGAGCUCAGUCACCCUGUCGCCCGUCGACUCGCUGGACUCUCCCUAUGUGGCCAACCCCACCUCGCCCGUCCUGGCCUCGCCCGGCGUCUUCCACCCAGCCAGCUCCUCCAUGUCGGUGGGCUCCACGCCCAUGGUGCAUGGCCUGAUGGAUGGGCCCUUUGCCGUCAGCCUGGCGCGGCUCAGCGACCUGGGCGAGGUGGCAUCGGCCCAAAGCACCAUCCUCUCCAUGAACCGGGUCUCCAUGCCUUCGCUGCCGCGCCAGCCCGGCUGCGUGGGGCUCAGCCUGGGCAUGGUGAGCCCAGUGGCGGUGCCCUUCGACUGGCACACCCGUGUCCCCACCUCCCAGUGCAACCCAGUCAUCGGGGUGGUGCAUCCGGCUGCCUCCCACCCCAACCUGCACCAGGCGGCCCAGCCCUUCCCGCAGGGGCUGCUGCUGCCCAACCACCUGGCCAUGGUGCACAGCUCCCAGGUGCUGGCUGCCCCCAGCCCUGCCAAGGAGCAGCCCCCACCGGCGCCCACCCCUGGGCAGCCCAUGCCCCCACCAGCCCCCGCGGCACCCGCCCUGGGCCGCGCCAGCCAGCCCAUCUCGCCCAAGGAGGGGCAGGGGGGUGCGCGCCCCGGCCCCCCGCCGCCCCCCCAGUAUUACAAGGCACCCGGCGGGCAGGGGGCAGAAGAUUACCCCACACCCCCCUCACAGCACAGCUACACCCCCGGCCAGGACGGCACCCCCAAGCACUACCUGCACCUGCGCAGCGAGCACCCCUACCUGACGCCCUCGCCCGAGUCCCCCGAGCAGUGGGCCAGCCCCUCACCCCACUCGCUGUCCGACUGGUCCGAGUCCACCCCCAGCCCGGCCGUGCUGGGGCCCCCCCAGACCCUCUCCCACCUGCCCGACCAGUCCACCAAGAUGCAGGUGUUUGCGUGAGGGCAGGGGGGAGGGAGCCAGGGCCCCGAGCCCCUCCCCCCAGCCCCCUGACCCCCUUCCUGGGGGA